ACGGAUGUGGGUCAUCAAAGGCUAAGCCCAAAAAGGAAUAUUAAUAAUAGCCUGUCUGCUUUCUUUAUAUAUUUUAUGGAGUACGCAGGAAUGCAGAAGUUUCCUUAUUAGGGUUUUGCUUGGUUUUGUUUCUGUAACUAAUCAGGCUCCUUCCUCUUUGCACGGUCAAGAGUUCAUCCUCUGCCUACUGAAAGAGUGCACUUGAGCAAGAAAAAGAAGAAGAAAGCUAGUCUCCAGAUCGCACAGAAUGAUAAAGGACAAAGAAGCCUUUCAGAGACUGAAUUUCCUCUAUCAGGCAGCGCAUUGUGUGCUCGCCCAAAACCCAAAUAACCAAGAGUUGGCUCGUUUCUAUUGUCACACUCAAAACAACAUCAGCCGGCGGCUCGUCUUGAGACAGGACCCUUCCGUGAAAAGGACCAUCUGCAAAUCCUGCUUCUCUCUUCUCAUUCCUGGAGUCAGCUCAACUGUUCGCCAAAGAAAGCGCCGUCAUCAACGUUGGACUGUUGUGCAGUGCCUGAACUGUGGCCUAAGCAAACGUUUCCUCAGUAACCCUGACUACAAGUUGUGGUCGGAGCAGCCUGAGGCAUUGCUGGAGAACCAGACGCCAGCCGGUGCAGGCACCAAAGGCCAGACCACCAAUGCAGCACAAGAGUCACACAGGGCCUCCCAAAUGGGAAAGACAACAGUCCCGAGUUCCAGUCCGUGCAGCCGCCUUGCCUCUGAGGAAAUCACAGCAGGCACCCAAUUAGUAGCAGCAAAGAGUGGGAAGUGACAUCUGCCUUGGGAUUAUUCCAUUUCCAGGCAGGCAAGUGGCUAUAGCCCAGACGCGAAUCCCCGGCCUUGGAUGGAAGAAGCCAGCAAGAUGACGUUCAGUACAGAGAAAAUCGAAAAAUAUACUUUCCAAAAGUUCAAAUUGCUACUUGAAGAACUUCAAUGAGUUGGUGGUCUUAAUUUUAGGAUAAAGUUGGCAUCUUUGCUAAUCUAAUCUCUUAGUUGUUUUAUGGGUUUUUUAAAGCUUUAAUAUGACUGUUUUUAACAUGUUAAUGGUUUCAUAUUUUUUGCUGUACAGUGCUGAAGUUGCUUCUGGAGAGAUGGGCAGCCAUGCAUAAUUUAAUAAAGAAAUAUACACUGUACAAUUAGAGCCAGGGUGUCAAACUCAAGGCCCAGGGGCCAGAUCCAGCGAAGGGUUGGCCCGUGGUGCCUCUGACAGCAAAAACAGAGUUCGGAAAGGCCGCAUGUGGAUCCUUCCAAGCUCCAUUUUCGCUGGCAGAGGGUUGUAGGAAGCCGUCGCAGCUGAAAACUCAGCUCAGGAGCCCAUUUUCUCUGGGAGAGUGCUUGGGCCACCACAGGCGAUCCUGACAUGAGUGAUGUCGAGUUGGCCACUUCUCCCCUGGCUAUACCCACUCUGGCCCCCCAAGGUCAAACACAACCCUACGCGGCCCUCAAUGAAAUUUGAGUUUGACACCCCUGAACUAAAGAAACAGAGGAGCAGCCCACCCCACGCUCUAGUCUUGAACAUUUCUUCAGUGUAGCUUAUUUGUGUUUUAUUUAUUUAUUUGUUAAAUGUAUUUGCCGCCUAUUUCACUAUUCUACCAUCGCCGUCUAAGAAUGUGCCCCCUUUUCCAUCUCUGUGACCAGAGGAAUGCCUCUUUUCCAAUACUGCCAGUCCUAACUUCAGUUUCUGCCACUCUUUAGCUAGGUGCACCUCAGAUCUGAAGCACUGCUGGUGUUCCUAUCAGAAGAAUUUAAUGAAAAGGUGACAAAGGAAAGAAAGUUUCAAUCUCAUUAUCACUUUUGUGUACCAGAUAAAUACUGGAAACUGGAAGUAAAUUUGUUUUUAAAACACG